UGUCAUCGCACAAUUUACACGCUUCGUUGCCGUUUGCGAAGCUUUUUCUUCCCCAACUGACUUUUAUUGCCAUUUCCCCCUUCCAAAAUACUCCCUUCUCUGAUACUUUUCCAGUUUCUGGGAGUGUUCUUUGAACAAGAGAGAGAAAACAGAGAGGUGGGACCCACUCUUUUCCCAUCAAUUUCUCUCCUAUUUUUACCACCUCUUUCUCUUUCUAUCUCAUCAUCAAUAAUACUACUUACACUUGGUUGGGUUGCUUCGAAUGUGGUUUUCAAAUCCCUAAUUUCCCCUUUCUUCCUCAUCAAAGUCGUUUCGAAUAAUCGACGUUGUUAGUUCUUUCCAGAAAUCAGGAUUAUUUGUAUGGCUUGGAUGGAAAAGCUGGUUGAUAACAGUUCUGAGAAGCAAUCACCACCAUGUGAGAAUGGUUUUCUGAAAGCAUCUUGUCCAACAACGGAAAACGGGUCAGGGUCUCCAAUUUGUAAUGGUAGUUUGAAAAAGGAACUUGAUGUGAAGGAUAGUCUCUCUUAUGCAAACAUUCUUCGUACCCGAAAUAAAUUCGCGGAGGCUUUGGCAAUAUAUGAAGGAAUAUUACUAGACAAGGACAAGGAGAAUGUAGAAGCUUUUAUAGGAAAAGGGAUAUGCUUGCAAAUGCAAAACCAGGGAAGGCUUGCUUUUGAGAGUUUCUCCGAAGCAAUAAGACUUGAUCCUAACAAUGCUUGCGCCCUUACGCAUUGUGGUAUUUUGUACAAGGAUGACAGUCGAUUGGUAGAUGCUGCUGAGUCUUAUCAAAAGGCUCUGAGAGCUGAUCCAACAUAUAAGCCAGCGGCAGAAUGCUUAGCAAUUGUUCUGACUGAUAUUGGGACCAGCUUAAAGCUUGCUGGAAACACUCAAGAAGGGAUUCAGAAAUACUAUGAAGCUCUUAAAAUAGAUCCACAUUAUGCUCCAGCAUACUAUAACCUUGGUGUUGUCUAUUCCGAAAUGAUGCAAUAUGACACUGCCCUCACAUGUUAUGAAAAGGCAGCACUAGAAAGGCCUAUGUAUGCUGAAGCGUUCUGCAACAUGGGUGUCAUAUACAAGAACCGAGGGGAUCUGGAGUCUGCUAUUACAUGUUAUGAGAGGUGUUUAGCAGUGUCUCCAAAUUUUGAGAUUGCUAAGAAUAAUAUGGCAAUAGCAUUGACCGAUUUGGGAACAAAGGUUAAACUAGAGGGUGACAUUGAACAAGGUGUAGCAUAUUAUAAAAAAGCUCUGUUCUACAAUUGGCAUUAUGCUGAUGCUAUGUACAACCUUGGCGUUGCAUAUGGUGAAAUGCUGAAGUUUGACAAUGCAAUUGUUUUCUAUGAACUUGCUUUUCAUUUCAAUCCUCAAUGUGCUGAAGCAUGCAAUAACUUGGGGGUUAUCUACAAAGAUCGUGAAAAUCUUGAUAAGGCAGUCGAGUGCUAUCAGAUGGCUCUGUCAAUUAAAUCAAACUUCUCCCAGUCUCUGAAUAAUCUUGGUGUUGUUUAUACAGUUCAGGGUAAAAUGGAUGCUGCUGCUAGCAUGAUUGAAAAAGCCAUAAUAGCAAAUCCCACUUAUGCUGAAGCAUAUAAUAAUUUAGGAGUUCUAUACAGAGAUGCUGGUGAGAUUUCUCGUGCUAUUGAAGCUUAUGAGCAAUGUCUGAAGAUAGAUCCUGAUUCGCGCAAUGCAGGCCAGAAUCGUUUACUUGCUAUGAACUACAUCAAUGAAGGAGAUGAUGACAAGCUAUACGAGGCUCACAGAGACUGGGGUCGGCGGUUCACGAGGCUGUAUCCACAGUAUACAUCAUGGGACAAUCCAAAGGAACCUGAGAGACCUCUUGUUGUCGGUUAUGUUUCCCCUGAUUUUUUCACCCACUCCGUAUCAUAUUUUAUCGAAGCACCGCUAGCACACCAUGACUACUCUAGCUACAAAGUGAUUGUUUACUCAGCAGUUGUGAAGGCAGAUGCCAAAACUUUGAGAUUUCGAGAGAAAGUAGUUAAAAAGGGUGGAGUCUGGAGAGAUAUAUAUGGAAUAGAUGAGAAAAAGGUUGCUCAAAUGGUCAGAGAAGACAAGGUUGAUAUUUUUGUAGAACUGACUGGGCAUACAGCGAAUAAUAAAUUGGGAACAAUGGCUUGUCGACCUGCUCCGUUGCAGGUGACUUGGAUUGGCUACCCAAAUACCACUGGCUUACCUACUAUUGACUACAGAAUUACUGAUGCACUGGCUGAUCCCCCGGAAACAAAACAGAAGCAUGUUGAGGAUUUAGUUCGACUACCAGAUUCGUUUCUAUGUUACACACCUUCUCCAGAAGCUGGCACUGUUUCUGCGGCUCCAGCACUAAGUAAUGGCUUCGUCACUUUUGGUAGCUUUAACAAUUUAGCAAAGAUUACACCUAAAGUUUUGCAAGUUUGGGCUAGAAUUUUGUGUGAUGUACCAAACUCACGUUUAGUGGUGAAAUGCAAACCCUUUUGUUGCGACAGUAUAAGACAUAAAUUUCUUUCCACUUUAGAGCAGUUGGGAGUGGAUCCUGUACGUGUUGAUUUAUUACCCUUGAUUCUUCUAAACCAUGAUCACCUGCAAGCAUAUGCUCUCAUGGACAUAAGCUUGGACACUUUUCCAUAUGCUGGAACAACCACGACGUGUGAGUCACUCUACAUGGGAGUUCCUUGUGUUACCAUGGCUGGCAGUGUGCAUGCUCAUAAUGUUGGCGUUAGUCUCCUUAGUAAAGUCGGGUUAGGUAAUCUGGUUGCCAAGACUGAAGAUCAGUAUGUUCAGCUGGCAAUUCAGUUGGCUUCAGAUGUGACAGCCCUCUCGAAUUUAAGGAUGACUUUGCGGGAUCUUAUGGUCAAGUCACCAGUCUGCGACGGAGCGAAUUUCACUCUUGGUUUAGAGGAAGUAUAUCGAAACAUUUGGCGCAGGUACUGUAAAGGCGAUGUUCCAUCUUUGAAACGGUUUGAAAUGUUACAGCAGCAGCAGGAAACUGUUUCUCAAGAGGCUAGUGUUGUGCCAUUGAAAGUCAUAACCUCAAAAGACGAUUCUCCUCUCAAGACAAAUGCUUUCAACCCAGUCCCCCCACCACCCGUAUUGAGUCUUGCCACCUCCGAAGAAAAUGGAGCUGUUAGUUGAACAAUGGCAUAUAGUAAUUUUGAAUAUCUUCUCUUCCCGUGGAUGGGGCAAUGAUAUGUGAUCAAUAUUUUGGGAGUCAUGCAACGACCAAAGGAUCAUAGCAUCAUGGACUGUUGGAGUUAAGUGAUGCGAUCUGGGCUGCACCUUGUAUCAGGGUUUACUUGGGUUGUGAGGAUGAUUUAUGUGGUAUGGCUGAAGUCCUAGUAUUAUGUCAACCCACAGGUGGUUGACAGAUAGUUAAUAGGUCCGGUUCUGAUUAUUCGUCCACCCUUCUGGCUUAUUGUGUGUCUUGGGGGUGCAUCAAGAAAUAUCCUUACCCUGUUACUAGAAUUGUAUUAGUGUAUUAUUGAUUGGUCGACUGGCGAUUAGGUUUUUGGAGGAUAGAGUGGUUUUUAUGUAAGCAAAUGUUACAGAAUGUAUAGGCAUUAAAUCAAUAGAUCAGUGUAGUGCUUGCUUAUUGAGAUGUUACUCUUGGAUAUCCACUUAAAACGUUGGAUACCUCUUGGCUUGAUAUAGAUUUGUAUGAAACAUUCUUAACGUGUGAUUUAUUCAUCUGCAUAUUCAAGCUGCUCAGCUGCUACCUUAACUUU